AUGCAGCUGACGCAGGCACAGCCGCAGCUGCUGGGCCAGUUCAACCAGAUGCCGAUGCGGCCGGAUGACCGCCGAAUGGGCAUGGGCAUGCCAAUGUGGUCCCAGGAUUCUCGGGGCAUGAGCAUGCCUAGCCCGGACAUGCAGAUGCCCAGCAUGAUGGGCCAGGUUGGCAUGGGGCAGAUGGGUCAGGUUGGCCAAGUGGGGCAAGGUGGUCAACUGGGUCAAGUUGGUCAAGUUGGUCAGGUGAUGGAUCAGAACCAGAUUCUUGGGCAGCCGGCCGUCAUGGGCGCGUUCUGCCAGCAGCUGCUUGGCAACAACUUCCGGGAGAAAGAGGAACUUCGGCAGCCCUGGCUCCAGGAUUUCGCCGCCAUGAGGGACUUGGAUUCAUCCGCCAUCCCUCGAGAGCAGCUGGGGGGAUUGCAGCAGCAGCUGCUGCUGCAGCUGGCGUCGCAACCGGACCAACGCCUGCCCCAAGGCAUGCCUGGCUUGCAGCAGGAUUUCCAGGACCUGCACAUGGAUCUCAAAGGUCGUCGCAUGUCUCCUUUUGGAGAUGGCAACCCAACCGACGUGGGUGGUAUGUUCCCGCGCCUGGACGACAAGGCCCAAGGACUGCUGGCGCUUGGAGGCGGCUGUUUGGUGUAG